CUCGGAGACUCGUCGAGAACGCGUCGCGAAAAGGUACGGUCACGUGAGAUCGCUUCGCAGGCGGACAGCUGCGGCCAGGCGCCGCCUGCCGCCUGCCGUCCUUCACACAGGUUGUGGACGUAAGGCGUGCGCAUCUCUUUGUCCCCGUCUUUCAAGGCAGUCGUCGCUGCGCGUCGCCCAAAUGGCGGACCAUAGGCAGGUCCGACCGUCAACGGACGAAGAGUCCGCACCCCUCUUGCAGAGCGUCGACCACCCAGAUGGCGAACAGCAGCGACCGCGACCUCGGUCUUCCUUCGCCUCUCUUGUGCAGGAACCGCUCACACCGCUCACGAAAGUGCUGCUGGUCGUCGCGCUGGUCUUCCUGUUGCUCAGUUCAGUCUUCAUUGGCCUAUUCGCGGGGGCGCAGCACAAGCUGAACGCCGGAGGCGCAGGGGGCGGAGGAGGAGGAGACUCGAGCAAGGAGCCAGCAGUUACAGUCACAUCUAUUCUGACUGAAACGGCGACGCACACCGCUACGUCCACUGCUACGUCCACUGCUACGUCUACGGCUACAUCAGUGGCCACGUCUACUGCGACUUCCACCGCAAUAUCAACAACGACAGCUACUGCGACAUCCACAAGCGUAUCCACAGCUUUUUCCACAGCCACGUCGACUGUUGUGUCGACGAGCACAGUGACGAUGCCAGGUCCCGAGCCUACAAGUCCUCCUGAAGAGGCUGAAUGUCUGACUGCACAAUGCAUCAUGUUGUCCUCAUCUAUCCUGGCGUCUCUUGACACGACGCAGGAUCCGUGCGAGAAUUUCUACGAUUUUGCCAAUGGCGGCUGGCUGAAGACGCACCCUAUACCUUCUGACAAGGGCUCAUUCGGUAACUUCGAGGCCCUCGCCCAACAGAACAGGCAGGUGCUUCAGCGAAUCCUUGCAUCUGACCCGUCGUAUGCUCCGUCAAGCAUGAGUUCUCCGUAUGACGAACAAAUUCUGAAGAAGAUUCGUGGUCUCUACUCGUCGUGCAUGGAUGAGGAUAGGUUGAGUGAGCUGGGCGCGGAACCCCUGGCAUCGGUCACGCGCCGGAUCAGGAAGCUGUUCCAUGGCAAAACCUCACAGAAUGAGGAAGAUGAGCAGAAAGAAGACUUGACGGCUGCGAUUGCAUUUAUGCAUACCCGCGGUAUUGCUGGAUUAUUUGCGGUGGAUAUUGAGGGCGACGUCGGCAAAGAUCCCAAUUACAUGACUGUUUGGUUCAGUCAAACAGACCUCGGCCUUCCAUCCAAGGAGUACUACGACGAAGAAUCGAUCGUUGAGCUUUAUCAGACCGUUCUGGAGCGCCUCCUCCUCAAUCUUGAUGAAGAAGAGCAGUACUCUGAGGAAACAGCUGAUGAGCCGACACCGUCGACUGCUUUGCUCGUUCAUGAGGAACGCCUACGGGUCUGGCCACCGUGGCCAUGGCCGCCAUGGGGCGGUGAUGAUGACGACGACGGAGGUGACGAUGAUGACCACGGCGGUGACGAGGAUCCGGAGCCUAUGACACCAGAGAAGGCGCAUGAAUUGGCUGGCAAGAUCAUUGACUUCGAGAAGGCGAUUGCGAAUGCAAGCUUAGAUCUCGACAUUUUGUAUCAGGAUCCUAUCGCUACAUAUAAUCCAGUGUCGCUGGGCACCCUGACGUCGGCGCUCCCCCAGAUCAACUUCUCAGCGUACUUUUCGACGUUCACGCCGCGGAACUAUCCCUCAAAUGUCAUCUUGACGUCUACAACUUACGCUGCCUCGCUUUCUGGCAUUUUGAAUGAGACGUCUUCGGAGACUGUUGAGGCUUACUUAGUCACGCGCGCAGGGUUGGCGCUGGCUCCUCUCCUAAGCCUCGAGACAGAGGCGUGGAAGGCAGUGCGCAGCCUCGAGGAGCGGCUGAAGGGCCUGAAGAAGGGUGCUGUCGGCGAUCGUGCAGAGUUCUGUACAACUCAGGUGGAAGAAGCAAUGGGCUUUGCCACUGGCCGUUACUUUGUCAAUGAGACAUUUGCUGGCGACUCCAAGGAAAAGGGCACGAGAAUAAUUAAUGACAUCGUCAAGACAUUCAAAAGCUCACUGUCACAUAUCAGAUGGAUGGACGAAAAGAGUGCUCAUGCCGCGGCAGAGAAGGCUGACGCGAUCCGCGUGAAAGUGGGCUAUCCGCUCUCCCCGAAUACUGAGGACCCUCGAUCGAUCGCCAUCUACUAUGAUCGCGUCACAGUGCACGAAGGUCGCUUCUUCGACACUAUAAUUACCACAAGUGCGAACGAUGAAUACUGGAAGUGGCAGAAGCUCGGCAAACAACGAGAUCCCGAGACAUGGGAGAUGUUUGCAUCUACGGUCAAUGCUUACUACAACCCUCCUGCCAACGAGAUCGUUUUCCCGGCAGGCAUUUUGCAGCCUCCUUUCUUCUCUCAAGCCUGGCCCGGAUACAUGUCCUUUGGCUCAUUCGGAAUGGUUGCUGCUCAUGAGCUGACGCACGCCUUCGACUCUGCUGGCAGGCUCUAUAACCAGCAGGGUAAGCUUGAGGAGUGGUGGACGAAUGCUACAAGCGAGGGCUUCCGGAAGAGGCAAGAGUGUAUUGUUAAGCAAUAUUCUGAAUACACCAUCGAUGACGGCAAAGGCGGGAAGAUCCAUAUCAAUGGCAACCUGACAUCUGGUGAGAACAUUGGCGACACGGGUGUCAUCCAGGCCUAUCGGGCAUGGAAGGCGCAGUACGACUCCGGGCUAGAGAAGGGCACUGAACAAUUGCUGCCGGGAUUGAACUUCACCAGGGAGCAACUCUUCUUUAUUUCUUUCGCCAGGGGUUGGGCGCGGAAUAUCAAAACUGAGUCUGCUGUUGCUCGUAUACGCACAGAUCCUCACUCACCCAAUCAUUACCGAGUAGAUGGCACCGUGUACAACGUUCCUGAAUUUGCAGAAGCGUUCAAGUGUUCUGCGAACGCAAAGCUGAACCCGCCGCAGGAGAAGAGAUGCUUGUUCUGGUGAGGGAGGAUUCCCGCCGCUUUCUGUUGUCGAGUUAUUUGUACUACUCUUGUAUCUAUUGCCGUAACAUCAUACGGGCUAUGUACGAGCAGC